AUGGGAAUUAUCUCCUAUGAUAAGGGAGAGUAUAAUGAAGCACUAGAAUAUUACAACAUUGCAAUUAACAUUGAUCCAAAUGUAACACUUUAUCUUAAAAACAAAGGAGAUGCAUUUGCCAAGUUAUCUAAAAGAGAUGAGGCAAUGGAAUGCUAUCAAAAAGCUAUCGAAGUUGAUCCAUAUAAUGCUGAUGCAUACAAUUGCAUAGGAACUCUCUUACAUUAUAAGGGACAGUAUGAAACAGCGUUAGAAUAUUACUGUGUGGGCGAUUGAAAUAAAUCCGUACUGUGCGGAUUAUUAUAUAAAUAA